GUGGCUCGACGAUUUUACCAAUAACUUUGAUGUAGUUUCUUGUUACGGGGCUCCGCAUCGAGACGUAUGCCGUGUAACGUUUUUAAUCCUCCGAUUACAACGGCACGGUCGAUAGAUACAGCUGAUGCAUCCGUUGCUUCUAACGGAAAGUUCCGAUAAGCCGAGAUGUAUUACGUUCAGACGAAUAAAUUAAGUUGUAUUCUAUCGAAGCGUUGUGCAUGAAGAAUAUUAGUGUCUUGCGAUCUGUGUACUCGAUUGUACUCGGUUGUAGUAGAAAAUCUACCGUAAAAUAGUAAUUUUUAAACAUUUUGAUAAUUUGCUGGUAAUCUUUCGCGUAUACGUAUCUUCUCGUAAGAGUUUCGUGAUACCGACGAACUGCAGUGUACAUCUACGAAUUUAACGAAAGUCUCGGGUAAUAUCGUCUAACAGACUCUCGUAGAAAAUGUCGACGAGCGCGGAGAAUAAGAGAAUUUUUUUAAAGUAAAAUACGACCUCUGAAAUGGCUAUAUACGAGGAUUCUUGUCGCGGAGCCUCGUGCACAAGUACGAGAAUAUAAGUCGACGGUUAUAAAUAUUUAGAGAUAGUUUUCCUAUUUCGUGCAAUAUUUGCGCUAUUAUUUUCCCCCGAUGAAACGAUUCGUCGUCGGAUUUCCACAGAACGUAGACGAAACUUUUGCCAAGAAUGAGAACUGCAGUUGCUUUCGAUGCCUGAUAUCGAGUAGAAACACUCGUAUUGAACAUUUCUUGCCGUCUAGCACACAACGAACUAUCCCUACUCUGAAUUCGAUUAGUUCCCCCGCCGUCUCUUUGCCAGAGGUCAAGACUCGCCCUCGAACUUGCCCUCGCUCCUGCAGCCGAAUUUCCUAUACUAAGAAACGACUGGACAGAUUUCCUUCCCGCGCAAUCUGCACAACGAUCACUUCCUGCUGCGAGAACUUGGAACAUCAUGGAGAUAUGGCUGAGAACGAAUUAAGGGACACGCGAGAGGUAAAGUGUCACGAAUUUACAAUCUGCGGAUUACAUAGCACAGCAUCGAGUGACGAUACUUGCGACACUGACUCGGAUCAGUUGGAAACUUUCUCGAUGACUGUGACACGUUGUCUCAGGAAGUUGGAUAAACCGUAUGCGCUUAAAGCGCAAGCAGAAAUUCAACAAAUCUUGGAGAACAUGCUGAUAAAAUCAAAGAACAAUUCCCCGAAAAGGACUCGUUUACACGAAUCGUCCUACGAUUUGUGAUGAAACGUAUUGCAAGAUCCAAAGCAAGAUCCAGCACGGAACGUAUUGAAGAAAUCCAACGUUCGAUCGGCACCUCCCUCCGUUCAUGCAUAGCAGCGCGCGGAUGGUAUCGAUCCGACUUUGGUAGACCGCAGCGUUAUGAUUAGUAUUCAGCGAGUGUCGCAGUCGGCCGGUCGGACAAGGACGAAGAUGGCAAGAUUUGCUCUGGCAAAACGGAGGAUGCGUGCCACACAGCCUGUCUCUGAUAACAGGUUAUCCUUUGAUCGAAACCCCUCUCGCAAAAAGUCCACGUUCCUGCCGUUAUUGCUACCAAACCGAAACGCGAUCGGACGAAGUCGCGUUAAUCCUCAAAGCGAAUCAUCGAUUAAGGGAUUAUCAAAGGUUGUAUCGAAUCUCAUUCGCCGUCGACAACGUAUCGACACGUUCGCUUGGCUUCGAGAUCGAUUACUCGAUGAAAAGAGUUCCGUUCGGUAUAUCUUCAAGUUUUAUAACGCGACCUGAAAAAAAUCGACGUACUUUGAACAACUCGAGCCUUCGACUUUGCAAGUGGAAAUUCUCGCCAGCAAUUCACAGCAAUUUUUCAUGAAAAAGCAAGUUGGUGAGCGGCGUGGUAAUAAAUCCAGAGGGCUAGCAGGAUUAAGCUUCGCCGGAAACUAUUUUGCGCACCGCGAGGCAAAAGGAACACGGGAAAACCCGGGGAUCUGUGGAUAGUCUAGCGAGCAGUCGAGAGAACCUAGAACGAACGGCCAACGUUUAGACCAAUUCUCAAAAUCCCCUUGAUACCCGAUGAAACAGGAUUCGAGUGUGCUUGGUCGAAAGACCUCCCAACGCGAUGACUGAACGACUCGCGACUACCUGCCCUGUCUCUCGGCGCGUUUCGAAUGAAAUAAUUGUCGGAACAGUUGAACACUCUCGGCGACAUUUAACGCGGAACAUGUUUAAUUCAUUGAAACCUGAGGUACGUCGCUAUGGACAAACGUCGAGAUCGUUUCCAAAGCGCACCUGGUUGCGCUAAACGAAGGCUGAUCGAACUUCGCGAAUCCUGUUAACACGUGGCUUUUCGCGAUCUAACAGCCGCAACUCGAAAUACGAUUUUUAUCAUGGAAGGGACAUCAAAGCGAAUUCCAUCGUUCGCCAAGCGGAAAGGACGAGCAAGGAAAAGGGGUAAGAGAGAGAGAGAGAGAGAGAGAGGCAAAGGCGGACAAGGUUAACGGCGCAAGGAGAAAUAGUCGAGGCGAUUGGCUCUUAUUACUUACUGUGAUCGAGGUCGUCGUGUUCCAUGAGGUAGUCGGUCGCGUUGUAGAUGUGAUGGUCGGAUUUAGCGGUACUGGUGACCGCAGCUCCACCCGUUACUGUCGUGGACGGAUUAGUCGGAAUUGCUGUGCUAGCGUUAAUCGCGGCUGCGACCACGCUAGGUGGCGACGAGGAUAUCGUUGAUACGAGAUUCAUCGUGCCCGUCGAGGUCUCGACCUCCGUCGCGUUCAGUUCACUCGUCAUUGCUCUACCGUGAAUGUCCAACCCUAUGCUCGCAUAUCGUUUCUCUCGAAAAUUUACGAGUCGAGUACAACCGCAACGCCGUUAUUAUUCCAAGGCUUACCGAACGGCGCUAACACGAGGUCAUCGGUUCGAUCGAUCGGUCGAGACGGUCUGUCGUCCGAUGGACGCGAUCCAACAUCCAAUUUGCAAUUACUAUGCAAUUUAGAUUUAAGCUACGCUGAUUAGAUCGGUUCGCCGCACGACAACCUCUUCGAGUUCAGGGAUGCAAACGAACUCAGACCGAGUCGACGGACCUGAAAUCGAGUUUCUUGCCACGCGAAUCCGGACUUCCGUGCUUUGCAUCUCUUCCACCACCGGUUGAUAGGCGAAACCGAAAUACGCGAUCCGAACACAAUUAUAGCUCGACCAAUGUCAUUCAGCCCGAACUCCUUCAAGACUACCAGCUAAUUGGAUUCACCGACGUUCUACCAACCAAUUAACCAACGAUCGUUCACACCUCGGUAAACGUACAAACAACUUGAAUUAACGAGCUUCUACGAUACGAUCUACCAAUUUCUACGGUCCUGCGAUAACGUAUGAAACGUCCUUGUUCGUUCAGAUCUAUCAGGACAACGAUCGUAAAUAGUUAUUGUACGCGAACGAAGGAAACCAUCGUAAUUUUUAGCCGACCUGUCGGUGAUUUCUCACCCCUGACUGGCUUUCGCGAGUGGAUUAAAGCCAACCAAAGGAAGAAAUCCUGGCAA